AUGUCGGACUAUAAGAUAACGACUGACGUCGCCCUGAACGGGGAGGACGUGCGCGAGGCUCGUACGAAAAUGGAAAGCGCUCUUCGGGUUGAACUAGCACGGUCUGAAGCGCCCGCAGAUCAAGUACUGGACAGCGCUCUAGGCCAGGCUGGAACGCGCCUGACCGUGCUUUCUUCACCUGCUUCUACAAAAGAAACAAGCAACGACGAGUCAAAGAAUACGAUCAGAGGAAGAUCCGAGACCACUGCUCAAGUCCGACUGGUUCCCAAGAUUCCAAAAAGCCACCGUUCUCGGUCUCCUUCAACUCAAGACCUACCUACGAAUACACUUGAACUAGGAAGUUUCGAUGAAACUGCACAGGGCUUCAGGUUGCACCCUGUGGAUGAGGGAUUUGGUGCAUGGAGCUAUGUUGCCAGCGCUUUUGCAAUGUUCAUUGUCGUCUGGGUUUAG